AUGCAAACAGAUGUGGAUCUCUUCGAGACCUCGAACGGAAAUCAGGGUGACGGACAACCGAUAGAACUCGUCAAUGAGUUCUGUUACCUGGGCUGUACGCUGAAAAACAACGGCAGCUACGAGAAAGAUAUUCAGCAAAGAUUCGCUAAGGCCACUUCUGCAUUUAACGCCUUAACGAAAUGCCAGUGGUCGACCCCCCUCAUUAACGAAGUCAAGCUGCGAGUCGACUUAUCCGCAUUUCGCCCUAUCAUGAUGUACGGAUCGGAAACUUGGGCAGCAUCAUCUGCGGCGAUGGAGAGGCUUCGAAACGAAAGCUGCUUAGACGGCUGCUUGGCUACUUAUGGCUUAGAGUAUGCCACAAUGAAGUUCGUUACGCAGAAAUUGAUCUGGUAUACCGGCGGAUGA